AAGUUGAAAUAAUGGGAGUGUCUAUUUCACGGAGGAAGGAAGUAUUUUUUAGACUCAGUUGUGUUCUGAUAUAGUACUGUAAUUUACCUGUUUGUUGGAGUUGUAAACUAGAUUAUAAAAGUGAAACGGUCUGACUGUUGUUUAGCACUGCUUGAUAAUGGACCAAGACAGCACAAAUGAUGGCGGUGUACGAUAUUACCGACUGACAGACGUGGAGCAACGGAACUCUUUUAAGAGUACAUGGAUUAUCAUCAACCACAACAUUUACGAUGUCACAACAUUUCUGGAAGAGCACCCAGGAGGAGAGGAGGUUUUGAGAGAGCAAGGUGGAGGUGAUGCUACUGAGAGCUUUGAGGAUGUUGGUCACUCCACAGAUGCUCGCGAGAUGGCCAAAAGCAUGAUCGUUGGACAGUUACAUCCGGAUGAUUGGGAGAAAAUCUCUAAACCUCCUGAGUCCCUUGUCACCACAGUUCAUGAAACCACAAGCUGGUGGUCAAACUGGCUGAUUCCAGGUCUUGCUGCGGCCAUUGUGACGGUGAUGUACCGUAUGUACACGCCUGAUGAGUGACGACACUUUUAGACAUCCAGGGCCAACCACAAGAACUGCCUGUGUUGCACACAAUGCAAUUCUGGAGAAAUUACUAAUUUGUCUACAUCCUCAAUCAUGUAUAAAAAUACAUCAGUUUGUAUGCAUGUGUUCAACAGGAACCUUAUUUUUCAGACUCUCAAAUGGUGUUUAAAAAUUGGAUAUGACAAUGAAUUAGGAAAAUAAUUUACUUCAUUCACUGUUGUUCUCUCAUCACACAUGGGUGGUAAUUGACAAAGUUGCAACAACAAGGAUAUCCAAAUAUUCAAGCAUGUAAUGUCUAAUUUCUGUUUUAUCCGGGAAAUUGGAAUGUGAUUAUUUCACAGAUUAUUUCUCUAGAGGGCAGAUGUAAGGUAGGCCAGUUAGAAGGCAAGAAUCCAACUCAUUUGGUGACGACACAAAAAUGCAUAAAUACAAUGGAUUUCAAUACAUCUUAUGCAUACAACUAUACUCAUACCCACAUAUAUUUUCAGCUGUAAACUCACACAUAAUUCUGUAAAUUCACACAUAAAACAUUAUAUUGUAGUUGAACUAACAUCACAUGAAGAUUAUUUAAAUGCACAAGUGCCUUAUCAAUGUAUUUUUCAAAUGUAUAGGUAUAUUAAAUAAAAGUUCAAUUCAUUUAA